CCUCUGCCGUGUGCAAGAUGGCAAGCCAGCAUAGCCAGCAUCCGUUGAGAGAUGUCUGUGUUGUUUGGACCAGGCGACACCACGGGUUUAUCGCCUGCGGAAGUCACUUUUGAUGGAAGCACCUCCACAGUUGCCUGGCCCUCCAGCUCAAGUCGGGCGGGCAGGCCAACGGCAGAUGGAGGCGAUGUUUGCAUGCCUGCUGGCGUGGGGAUGGCGACUGCUCUGAAAGAUACUGGGUACUUUGGCAAAUCGCGGGAUCGAGAAUCUGUGCGGGAACGAUUCGCUCCCUCCGCUGGAGGCUCUCCGGUCUCUCCGACCUUCAGGGGAGCUUCUGGUGGCCACUCCCUGCCAGAUGCGAAGAAUCAGCGUGAUCCGGAGCGUGCGUCUCCCCGCGGCCAGUUGGCCGCUUCGAGAGCGCAGGCGGAACAGCUUCGUGAUGAAGUGGCGCAACUUCAUCACCUCCUGCACCAAACCCGAGAGCUUCACGCCAGCGAGGCUUCCCGCUUGCAUUUCCAGUUGCAGGAGAGCAAGACUACGGCCCGGCGCGAGCAGGGCCUGCGCGAAGAAGCCGAGCUGCGCGAGAAGGCCAAGAGUUCUCAGUGCGACCAGUUGCAGAAGGAGAUUGGAGCAUUGAAGCAACAACUGACCAAGCGUCACAUCCACAUUGGCGGAUCUUCCCAAGGAAAUUCGCCGCUGAAUUCUUUGAAGGGCGAAGACUUGAGGCAGUUGGGCACGGAGCUCCAACAAAUACGGCAAGACAGCCAGGAGCUGCGCGAUUUAAUGGCCAAGCAACACGACGAAGAACUCCAGAGACUCCGAGAAGAUUUGGAGCAAACACAGCAGUCCUCUCGCAAAGCUCACCAUGCAGUGUCAAAAUUGGAGGCAGCUCAAAAACAACAGUCCAUCACCGACCAAGCGGCCACGCGAAAGCUCGAAGACAGGUGCCUUCAGCUGGAGCAUUAUACGGAGAUUGCGGAGGCCAAGCGGAUGGCGGCGACAGAGGAGGUCAGAGCCAUGGAGGCAGCCCACCGGAAGCUCAACCAGGAAAUGCAUCAGGAACAGGCAGCUGCCAGACAAGCUCACACGCAGCUGGAGCGGCUUUCCCUGGAGCAGAAGAGCAUGAUUUUAGACCAGGCGCUACAGGAGGAAGCUCAAGAACGAGCUUCGCAGCUGACGAAGCGAUUCGCUGCCAGUGAAGUUCAAAGAGAAGAUCUGGAGAGGCAACUUCGACAAGAAAGACAUCAGUUGCACUUGGUGCAGAAACAGUUGGAUGCAACUGCACUUUACCAUGACCGAGCCCAGGAGCGGAUUUCCACCCUGGAGGCCUCGGCCAAAUCUGCGGACCUGCAACAGGCCGUGGAGUGCGCGUCCUUUUGGACGGAGCAAGAUGCCUUGAGAAGAAGUCAACGACAAACUGCUGUAUCCGAGGAACGCGCAAGACAGCUGCAAUUCGAGGUAAAAUCAUUGGAGUACCAGCAGGAACAUGCGAGGCAGCUACAACUCUCGGUGGAGCGAUUGGAAUCCAAGGAGGAGGCGGCAGAACAAGCGCAAUUGGAACUGAAAGAUCAGCAUUCGAUGGCGGAGAGUAAGGUGAGCCAAUUGCAAGAUGCCGUGUCCUUUCUGCAGCAGCGAGUAACUCAGAACGCAGGGACGGAUGCCAAACUGAGUGAAAUUCAGAUGAUGUUCCGGAAGGUCCUGAACCGCUACAAGAAGUUGCUGGCGAGCAGCGCAGACACUCACAUCUCAACUGUCACAUGCGAGUCCAAGCUCAGUGAGAUGGAAAUGUUGAUGCGCGGUGUGGAGGAAGAACAGGAUGCGUUGAUCUCGCUACAGGAGCAGCAACAGCUGAAUUUGGCCAGCGCAGAAGCUCGAGAAAAAGCCCUGCAGUCCGAGGCCGCUGAAGAGAUGAGGGAAAGCAUCGGCCUCCGCACCUUGCUUCGUUCAGCUGAGCGCUCACACGACACGAUCCUUGCGCAGCUUCAGAACCAGGAAACCGAACGCGUUCGCCGCAGUGACUGGCUUCGCGAGGAAUCAGAGGAACGUUUGGCAAGCGCCUUUCAGAUGACGGAGAGGCUGCAGCAGUCCCUGGAUUCGGCCAACGAAGCACUGAAGACUUCGGUUCAAAGCCAACAUUCCAAAGAUGAACUUUACACCAAUUUGCUGAAGGACUACCGGUCGCUGCAAGAUGAGGAGCAGCGGCGGCAGCGGGCCCAGGACGAGAUCCAGCAGCGGCUGAUGGAAGAAGGGGCCCGAGUGAAGGCCCUUGAAGCACUGAAGCAUCGAGAAGAAGAGACCAUCGAACAUGUUUCACAAGUGCUGAAAGGAGCUUCAGAAGAACAUCAAGCGAAUUCCCUGAAAUACCAGGCGCAGAUACAGGAAAUGAAGAUGGGACAAGAGCAACUCCUAGAGCAAGUGAAGCAAGAGACCAAUGAACAGCUUUCGCACUUGCGCUCACGCGACACGAUCCUUGCGCAGCUUCAGAACCAGGAAACCGAACGCGCUCGCCGCAGUGACUGGCUUCGCGAGGAAUCAGAGGAACGUUUGGCAAGCGCCUUUCAGAUGACAGAGAGGCUGCAGCAGUCCCUGGAUUCGGCCAACGAAGCACUGAAGACUUCGGUUCAAAGCCAACAUUCCAAAGAUGAACUUUACACCAAUUUGCUGAAGGACUACCGGUCGCUGCAAGAUGAGGAGCAGCGGCGGCAGCGGGCCCAGGACGAGAUCCAGCAGCGGCUGAUGGAAGAAGGGGCCCGAGUGAAGGCCCUUGAAGCACUGAAGCAUCGAGAAGAAGAGACCAUCGAACAUGUGUCACAAGUGCUGAAAGAAGCCUCAGAAGAACAUCAAGCGAAUUCCCUGAAAUACCAGGCGCAGAUACAGGAAAUGAAGACGGGACAAGAGCAACUCCUAGAGCAAGUGAAGCAAGAGACCAAUGAACAGCUUUCGCACUUGAAAUGUGCAGAGGAUGCAGAAGAAUUUGGAUGA